UAGUAUUCCGUCGCGUUGUGUGCCCGCGUACAGCGUCCAACUUGGAUACGUACAUCGAUAUCGUAACAUCGAUUAGAGAAAAACUAUGCGUACAUCCCUAUUAAAUAAGUGAUUUAAUAGUGCGUGGAAUUUGUGAUUUUUUUUUUUAAUUUUGAUUUUAAUUAAUUAUAUAAAAUAUUGAAAUGUUUUUCUUAGUGAUACCCCUUCUCUUUGCAUGCACUGCGGGCAUCAAUACCAACGAAUUUGAACCGUACUCCAAAUACUCAGCCGCUAGCAACGCGCAAAUACGAUUCGCCAUAGAAAACAAAUAUGACGACACCGGCCCAGGAUCAAAAGGUCAGGAAGUCGCUUAUAAGACUUAUAAGACAUUGGAGGAAGCCCUUGUCGGCUACAUCAACGAUCCUGAUACGAAACUUCCAGAUUAUGAGAAAUACAUCGGCACAGAGAAACUGUUCGAGUCUCAGAAGCCAUUCUUGUCUACAGAGCAGGAUCCUAUCAAGUAUAGAACACUACCAUACUCGUUCAGGACUUCUGAAUUACCAAAGAAGGUAUAUCAUGAUUACGGUAAAGGUACGUUGGUAAGAAGUCUAGGAUUCGAACCAUUUAGAGUGCGGAAAAUACAGUUAGUGAAAGCGAAUCCUUUGAACCUGGCUCACUAUGCGAGGGACCGCAGCGAGAGAGUACGCGACUAUCACAAUCCUUACCCGCAGUAUACAUACUCUUAUGAUGUUUACGACAAGAAUACAGGCGAUAACAAAGCAGCGCAAGAGACAAGAGACGGCGAUAAAGUGCGCGGUUUCUACAGCUUCAUAGACGCAGACGGGAAACAGCGGAUAGUUCAGUACACAUCUGACGAGAAAAGAGGCUUCGAAGCAGUCGUACGCAGAACUGAUACACAACAAUAACAUAAUCCUUGUAAAAAUUAAUCGUUCAAAUAUACGACUAGUCGAAGUUAAAAAGACGUCUGAACGAAGUCAUAUAUUCAUAGUUAAUUGAAUUCUCAAUUGAGAAGCAAAAACAAGUUACUUUUUCAUUAUUUUUCCCAUUUUUCUUCUCAAUCUUAGUAAUAGUAGGGUUAAUUUUUUUACAAUGAGAAAGGCAAAGGAACUAAGCCGUACAGCCUUCUCUUAUCUCUAGUAGAACUUCUGUCUUAAUUUUAUGCUAACUUUAUGGUCGUCUACAGUCACCUUUUACAAAAUUCUGGGUAUGAAAAGAAGCGGAAAUUAAUUUUUAUGUCACUCAAUGAUCAAGCAGAUGUUAUUUUUAUGAAUUAUUAAAUUGAGUCAUACAACUUAUUAACAAUAUAUUUUGUAAUUCUAUGUAUAUAAGUUUAACAAUGUAAUAUAAUUUUUUUAAGUAAUUUUUAAUGUGACUAUUAAGGAAUAGAGGUUGUGAGUGAUUUACAAUUUUUUUUUGUCUUUUAUAUAUAUUAGUUUUUUAGGUAAACUGAAAUUAUUUGAAAAAUAAGGGCAAUAUUACAUAUAGGUGUCUAAUUUACAUGUUACGCAGUGUCAGAGUACGACGUUGCUAGCAUUUUCCAUAGCUUCAAUAUAAUAUGUCGUACGAAUAACACCUGAGUCCUCAGGAAUGGCAACGCAUGGGGGGUAUCAUGGGUGAAACAGUAUACUCUGUUAUAUCCAUGGUACUGCUCAUGUCUAUAGGCGACGGUUACCACUUUCCACCAGGUGGGCCGUCAGCUUGCUUGCCAUUCUAAGUUGUAUAAAA